AUGGGCUCUGUAGGUGCUAACUGGAGAACGACGCUCCAAGACGAUAUCGGCGCCUCGGAGGCGGCGCUGCAGCGUCUGCGUGGACGGCAGACCAAUCGCGAAACGGCACGAAAGCAGCUCUUAUCGGCCUUUAACGUCCCGUACGUGUCGUCGCUGGACGUGCCGCCGCACCUCCCCUCACCACAGGGCGAGCUCGCAGACAAAGUGAACUGUAUUCAGUCACAGGUGAAGAAUUUCCUGACUGAGCUUGAGACUGAGCGAACUGUGCGCUCUGAUGGCGUCCGCGAGCUGCAGCGGCACGUCUCCAUUCAAGUGGGGGAGCUGAAGGCGAUGUUUCAGCAGCUCAAGAAGGAAAAUGAGUACCUGACGGACACUGUCCGAGUGCUGGAGCGACGAGUGACAUCGAACGCCGCAACUGCACCCCGUGGGCGUGUGGACGUUUUUGUCGAUGCCGAUAUCUCUGGCGCUGCAGCGAAUCCCGCCUCCGCUGGCCUCGUAAAACGUGUGGAGGAGCUGGAGUCCACCGUGACGCAGCAGCGGCGGCUGUUGGAGGACCGCCAAACGCGACUGGACGGCGUUCUUCGUGAGAUGGUGGGGGUGAGGGUUGAUUCCGGCAUGGAGCGUGUGCGGUCGGUUGCACGGGAUGUCGCCAGGGACUCUGUCGAGGAUGUACUGCGGCUGCGCCUUGCCGCAGUGCAGAAUAUGUUUAACGGUGAGUUGCAGAAGGUGAUGCAGACCAGCGGGGUCACUGCCGAAGUCGCGAACGCCACGGAGAGGUUGUUUCAUCAACUGGAAAAGGAUCUCCUGCGGCGCGUGCAGGAGAUUGACGCUGCGGUGAAUGCUGUUUCGCACAAUAGUCGUCAGCACGAGGCAGUCCUUAACGAUGUGGAGCGUCGCAUCAUGCAGAAGGUAGCCGUUUUGGAGCGGGAGGUGGAGGCGUCGCGGCGGGAGACCCGGGACGGCAUCGCACAGAACGCACAGGCGGGGGAGGAGCGCACGGCCGCCAUCCAGCUCGCCUUCGAGUCUGCCGUGGCCGAACGCAUCACCGUGGCGUGUCAGAGCGCAGCCAAGAAGGAGGAUAUCGUAGCAGCUGUCACGGCAUUGGAAGAGCGACUCGAGCAGCAGUGCGCCGCCGUGCGCGAUGGUCUCACUGCGGCGAUGCGAACGCAUGACACCGUUGCUGAGGUGCAUCACAAGCGGGUGACACGGUUGGAGGAACGCCUGAAUGGGAUUCAAGACGCCACAGAAGAGGUGCAGCGGCAGAUCGCUCAUGUUGACCAGCUUGUGACAGGGGCAACAAGGGAGGCAGAGAAGUGUAGGCAGCGCGUCCGUGAGGCCCUCACAACAAGCGAGGAGGCGCGUGCCGUGGCAAGCGACUUUUCCAUCUGCGUCCAAAAGGCGGAGGACGCGGCGCGCGAAGGUCUCGCCCGCACCGGCGUUGAACUGCAGCGACUCACGCAGGAGCAGGAGAGAAGCGCCGCCCAGGUUCGCCAGUUGGGUGAGAAGCUCAUUGCGGCUGAGGCGCACCAGGCCGCCAUGCGUGUGGUGCUGGAUGAGCUUAGGGGUGCGUGCACGAAUACCGUGCCACUGCUCACCGCGAGGCUGGACGCGGUGCAUCGGACAGUUCAGGAGGUGUGCAUUCCCAAGCUAGAAGAAACGGCACAGGCUGUCGCGGAAGUACAGACGCGGCAGGAGCAGCUUCAAGCCAACGCCUCCUCUUUGGCGAAAACCGACGCUCGGCAACUUUCUGACCUCCGGCGGGAGUUGUCGAGUGGGAUGCAGAGCGUGGAGGAACGUGUUCUCCAGGCCGUGCGUGAAACCCAGCAGGAGAGCAGCAUGGCAGUAAGUCGACUGCGAACAUUUGUUGAUGGCAUCAAGGCAUCAGUGAAGGCACAGGACGAACGCUUUGUCACCGAAAGUGCGCUGGACACGAUCUCGGGGGAGCUCACAGAAAGGGUAUUGGCACUGGAGGACAAGGUGGACGUGGUGGUGCGCCAGGUGAGGGAGGAGGCCAAGACAUUGCCAUCCUCGACAUCGUUAGCUUCUGUGCCGGCGGUGACUGCGUCGCCGCAUGGAGAGAUAGAACGCGAGGUGGGGAAUUUGCGGCGUCUCGUAGAGGAUACUCGGCGAAACGCCGCCAGUCAACUGGUGGACAUGGAGCAGCAGAUACGUGCGAGCAUGCAGGAAGAGGUGGAGGGCGUCAAGCAGCUCCUGCAUCGUCUGCGUGAGGACAGCUUGUCACAGAUGCAAAAGUUGCGUGCAAUGCUUAGUGAGGAGGCGGGGGACCAAUCUCGGCGCAUAGAGGAGGCGGCGCAAAGGGAGACGCAACGCCUUCGAACGCAAAUAGACCGCUUGCGUGAAGCAUUAGGUCCAAGGAGUCUUGUGUCUGCUCUCCGUGACGACGAGGAACUUUUAAGUGAGGUGGCCGAGGCGUUGCGGUGUGUCUUUGCUCAGAGCAGCGACACAACCGAGGCCAUAGCGAGCGUCAAGAAAAGGAUUCAGCAUGUAGAACAGAGUCUCGGUGAGUUAGACGUCCGUUGCUACGCGCACACGCAUGAGUCAGCUCAGCGGAUGCAGAAGUACGAGUCCUCGCAGUGCCACCACGCCGAUCGGCUGACAUUGCUGGAGUCGAAGGAGGAGACUGUGGUGGAGAUGGGGAAGCGCUGGCGGGAAGAAGUUUGUAAGGACUGCAAACGAGAACUCGAGCUCUUUUCAAUGCAGUUUGAUGAGCGCGCAGCCGCGCUGCAGGGCGCCUCUGCAGAGUUGGAGCUUCAGACACGCUCCAUGCUGUUUGCGCUGCGAGAGUUGAAGGAGGAGCAAGCGGCGCUGCGGCAGGAGGUUGCUGCGACGGCCGACGCACAGCAGCAGCCCGUAGUGCGGCCUACAGACACGGCGAAGGACGACGAGGGCGAAGACAAAGACAACGAUGAUGAGGUGUGGAGGUUGCAAAUUACGGAGCGUAUGGAGGUGUUGGAGUCGAAGACGGAUGGCACUGCGUGUUCCACCGCUGACGCAUUUGAAACGCUUCGUGAAAGUAUCGAACAGUGCGUGACACUCUUCGUGCGGGAGGCGGCAGCCACUGCGCUCUUGCAGGAGUCCAACGUAUCUGCUGCAGAGUUGACAGGCUUAGACGGCGUCCUGCUCUUUUUGCUGGAACAACUCUGCCAGCUGCAUGAUGGAGUGCAGGCGCUUCAGAGUGGCGCUCUGGAAACACUUGAGUUGGUGCAGCACCAUGAGGAGCAGUUUGCACUGCUGCCGUUUUUGCGUUCUCUUGCGGUGUGCAGUGCUCGAGACAUUAAAAGGCUGUCGGAGGCGAUGGGACUUUCCUUGGACCUUCAUGUUGACUCCCCCCUUGCUGAGCACGAGGAAGGAGAGCUGGAGUUGGAGGAGGAGGAAGCAGAGGACAAACGCUGA